AUGACAGAAGUUGAGAAGAAUCUGUGCGACGGGAAUUCGUGCGACGGGAAUCCGUGCGACGGGAAUCCGUGCGACGGGAAUCUGCGCGACGAGAGUCAGGGAUGGCAGUUUCUGGAUGCGGGAGACGGUUACCACACGAUCAAGAACCGUCAAUCGGGCGAUUCGAUCGGCCACUGGCGCGGCGAAGAUGUCACCGCCGUUCCAGAUGCUGACGUGUCGAAUUUCAACCACCAGUGGAAGCUCUACGACGUCGGGAAAGGCCUCGUCGCCAUCAGAAACCGCUGUACAGGAAUGGUUCUGGCGCGUUGUCUCGGUACCGUGAUGGCGUAUAACGGGGAUGAGAGGAACCCGAACCACUGGUGGAGAUUAAAGGAGGUGUCUCCGUCAGCAGUGUACUACGUGGGACCUUGGGAGUUCAUCCGGAAUCGCCGGAGCGGCAAGGUGCUGCAGCACUCACAUCAGCAGCCGUUGACGGAUUCCGUCAAGCCUGGCAGCCCCGUCGCUACUACUUGUACCAAUACUGAACAGUCUAACUCAGUCAAAGCAGUAGAGCUGAUUCCCGGUGACGUCACCCAGCAGUGGCGGCGGGUUGCCGUGUCAGAGGGCUACACGUGCCUCCAGAAUCGCGCCUCCGGCUCCCUGCUCACCACCAUGAUGACUCCUCACGCGCCUCUGAACUCCUCCCUGCUCACCAUUGGCGGUGCUACAAGUGGAACCGAAUCAUACAGUAACGCAGCUGCAUCACGGGCAACAGCAGUGCCAGUGGAAGCACAGGCGAGGGACAACGAGGUGACUCGCGAGGGCAAUCAGUGGCUGCUGGCGGAAAUCAAUGGUUUGGAGAUCUUCACGCUGCAGAGCCGCCACGGGGGAGCGUUUCUCGAGAACACGUGCGGGGCAGAGGUGCGAGGAAGCUUGGGGGCAGUGGAGGCGAGCACGUGCUGCCAGUGGGUCGCCAUCCGCGCAGAUGCCAUUGAUGACGUGGCCAAGGCAAAAGUGGAUGACGUGGCGGGAUCCACGCCUGGGCUUCUUACGGUUCCCAAAAGAUCCAAGCUGGAGCUUUUCAAAGCGCCGCGCAAACCCAAAGCGGUGCUUCUUGAGGCGCCUAAACAAUCCACGCCGGAGCUUGCACAUGGUAACUCCGCACCUCUGCCGCCGGUGCUGCCACUCUCGCCGCCAGCCUUGCUGCCAGGCGACUCGACACCUGCCACACCGACGACGCCUACCAAACUCAAACCCUCGUCACCAUCACCAGAAUCAGGUCCGUCCCAGCCGCCACAGCUGACGGUGAAACUCCUGUCGAAUCCGACAGACAGGGUGUUUGAAGGGGAAUCUGAAAGGGAGCGGUACUCCACCACAGCCCUGCCCCUGCUCCUCCCCUGGAGCUACCUCCGCAACCGCAUCACCGGCAUGGCUCUUGCUGCGCAUGCGAGCGGCAGCGUGGAGGCGCGGGAGUUUGAAGGCGGCAGCCUGCAGCAGCAGUGGCGCGCUGUGAGUGUGGGCGUGGUGGCAGCAGCACCAGCCGUGUCCUACUUCUUCCUCCAGAACCGCGCCUCUGGGUUCGUUCUGAGCCACUCCUGGUGGGGCAGCCACGUGGCAGCUAGUGAUUGCCAUGUGGCAGGGGAGUACAGCCAAUGGGAGCUGAGAGGCGCGUGUGGAGGGUUCUGGGCGAUCAAGAACCGGGGCAGCGGGAAGGUUCUGGACCAUUUCUUCGGGAUAAGCAUUCAGGCUUAUAGCGAGGAUGAGCUGCAGUACCAGCACCACUGGACCAUCACCCCUGCAGGGACCACUGGUGGGAAGGCGCACUGGGAGCAGGAAGAGGAGGAGAGCGAUGACAAGUGGUGCAAAGCGGUGCAGGGUGGUGGUGAGGGGUCCGCGAGCCUUGCUCUUGUGGUGGACCGACCGUGGAGCUAUGUGUUCAACCGGGACAGUGGGAAGGCGCUGGCUGUGUGCGAGGAGAGCGUAGAGGCUGUGGAUUAUGAGUGGGGGGCCUUGGAGCAGCAGUGGCGCGCAGUGAAGACGGAAAAGGGUUACCACGCGUUACAGAAUCGAGCCUCCGGGCUGGUUCUGGAUCAUUACAGCGGGCGGCGGAUCGGCGCGUAUGAUAACGAUUUUAGCAGCGAGUUUCACAAGUGGCAGCUGAAAGACAUAGAGGGAGGCGUGUAUGUUGUAUUGAAGAACAAGAAAACGGGGAUGGUGUUGGAUCAUUACUAUUGGGAGCGGUUGGAAGCGGUGAGCGGGGAUGAGAAGAACAAGGCGCAGCACUGGAGGGUGGUGCCUGCCAGGCAGAUGGCCCGAGAGGGCAUGGGUCCCCAGCCUUCCCCCGAGACUGAAACCGUGGUUGGAGAUUUGAUUUCUCUCUGGGAGAGAGACAGUGUGCCGAAAGGGGAGCUGAAGGGGUUGUAUUUAGUGGAGGGCGGCAAGCCUCGUCACGGCAUUCGGGUGGUGAAGUCGGGGUUUCGUCACAGCUGUCAGAUCCACCUGCUGCAAGUGAGCAUCCAAGGGCUGUCAUAUGCGAGUGUGGCUGUGCCGGCUGGGGUGGACGUGGGGAGGGGGAGGAUCCGGGUAGCACUCAGGAGGAGUGCGGAGGGGGGAGGGGAGGUGGUGGUGGUUGACUCGCUUGACUUGAUGAGAAUUCCCGAGGUGGAAGGGCCGUUGGUCAACCUUGCGGUUUUUGUGGGGGUAACUGCGGAUCAGGUUUGCAUUACGUUUAUAAUUCAUUACUGUACUAUCAACUGCCUCUCGCGCCGUUCAUGGAAGCAAAGAGAGGCUGCAGCAAGCUCGUCGCCAGAUAGCCACAGGCAGUCAGCUCCCUCUCCGCUCGCCGCGACAGUCGCUGCGGCAGUCGCUGCGGCAGUCGUGCGCGGGCGUGUCACGGCACGGAUGGAAGGUGACUCGAUGCCCGCGCCGCCCACGCCGAGGCCGGGGGGCUCGCCGCGAAUCCUCGUGGCCGUCGACGAAUCGGACGGCGCCGAGGCCGUGAGUGCCGCACGUGCCGGCGCCGCCUCUCUGCCUUUACCCUCUUUCCACCCUCCCGCCGUCUCCCUCGCCCUCCUUCCCCUCUUCCUUCCCCCCCUCCAUUUUCUCACGUCCCCCAUCUCCGCCUUCCCCUCCUCAUCAGACACCCGAUCUGUCGUCAACCCCCCCCCCUCUCUCUCCCACGCGACCUGCGCCUCGCGUUCCUCACAAUGCCUCUUUGCCACCUUCACCCAUCCCCUCCACCUCUCUCCACCCCUCCUCACCCUUUCCCACCUUUCCCCACCCCUCCCUUUCCUCCCCCACGUGCGUACUUGGGCUGCCCCGGCAGGCCUUCCGCUACGCGCUCACGCUGCUGAGGCGCAGCGACAACAUAUACGUGCUGCACGUGCUGGACCCGCGCACAUGUGA